AUGGCGGAAGCUUGCAAGGCCUACGCUGAGGCCUGGGGCCUGAGUGGCUGUAGUCUCGAGGUGUCCGAGUUGCAAGGCUACGAUGACCGCAAUUGGCGGCUGACCGACGCUGAGGGCAAGUCCUGGGUUCUGAAGGGCGACGGCUUCACGCUCCGUGUUGCCGGCGAGGAUGGCCAGGUGCACGCAGUGCGGCUGCUGUCGUGGAUGCCAGGAAGCCUGCUUGUCGAUGUCGCUCAGUCCAGCGCGCUGUACCGCGAGUGA